AUGAUCGGUAGUGAGGGCAUCACCAACGGUGGAGUCACUCUGGAAGAAUGGCUAGAAGGAGGGACAUACCAAAAGGAUUACAAAUCAAUUUGGGAUAAAAUGAGGUGCAAAUUUGACCCCUUGGGAAGAGGCAUCAUCAGGGGUAUGCCACCGAAAAUGUCAGGCAGGAGGUUAUCGGACAAAAGGCCGCUGAUCGUAGAGGGAAAUGGCGACGGCGGAGGGGAUAAGCGAAGGGGUGAUGCGCACAGGGAUGGUAAGGACAAGGUCGAUAGGCACACGGGUGAUAAACACAAGGAUGAUAAGGACCCCAAGAAAACCCCACCUUUGCACAAUGGCUAUGCAAUGACGUACCCCUUGGAGAAAGAAAAGAAAAAGAAAAGAACGUGCAGGAUAUUGUCACUAGAAUAUAUAUACCAACUUAUGGAAAGUUAUGCACAAGAGCAAGAAGAAAAAGAAAAAAAAGAGAAAGAAAAUGAAAGAAAAAAAGAAGAAGAAAAAAAAAAAAAAAAAUGUCCCAGUUGCAGAAUAUUAGCAGAAGGGGAUUCCAAAUCGAAGGGCAACGAGAAGGAUGACGAUGAAGACGAAAAAAGAGAUAAAGAGAAGAAACAAAAUGAUGAUGAUGAUGAAGAUUCAGGUAGAGGCUCAAAAAGAAAAUUCUGCAGGAUCUUGCAAGAGAAUGAUGAGGAACAAAAUCGCUCGACCAAUAACACAGAUGGAAUAAGAGUAAACGCGGGAAUUUUAGGUUUAGGGAACGAUGGUGCAAGUGGUGAGCAGUAUAGAAAGUUUAGAAUCCUGUCAGAAGAGAAUCCAGCAGCUUGUUCCUAUGCAAUGAGAAACAGUGCAGAGGGAAGGAAGAAUCAGCGAGGCAGUGGCAGAUGCAAUGGGAACAGUAGACUACUUGGAAUUCUGCCAGAAGAGGACUUAACACCAGAUGAUGCUUAUUCCGACCUAAAUGGAUAUGAUGGAGGUGGAAGUGGCUCAACUGGUAGACAAUUUAGGAUUAUAGCAGAAGGUUUAUCCGAAGAUAUUGGAAAUUUAAAUAUAGAUGGGCCUGACGGAGGUGGAGGAAGUGGAAGUGGAAGCGGAGGCGAAAAUGAUGGAAAUGACUCGAAUGGUAGAAAUCUUAGGAUUCUUGCAGAAGGUUCAACAGGAGAUGAUAUGGAUUUAGAGGAAGAUGGAUCUGACGGAAAUGAAAGCGGAGGAAGUGAAAGUGGAGGAAGUGGAAGUGCAGGAAGUGGAAGCGGAAACGAUGGUAGUGGCACGAACAGUAGAAAUUUUAGGAUUCUGGCAGAAGAACGUACUUCGAACGAUGAAAACCGCGACGAGUCAGAUGGACCAGCAGGGAGAGGAGGAAGGACAGGAGAAGGGAGAGCAGGAGGAAGUGCCGGAGGAGGAGGAAGAGGAAGAGGGUCAGGAACUAAAGUGGAUAAGUGUGUUGGAACAAGGGAUGACAAUGUUUCUAUGGGUAAACGGGUUAGGAAUUUAUCUGAAGAAGACGGUCCACCACCACCCUAUGAAGAAGUCGUUUCCCAAACACGUGGAGGCGGAAGUGGAGGAGGAAUACCAGCAUCAGGAAAUAAUGGAGACAACAAAGGAGGAAACGAUGGUACCAAUAGCUCAGAUUGUAGGCUGCUUAGGAUUCUAGCAGAAGAUCCAUCCGAUGGGGAUGAAGUUUUAGAGAUAGAUGGACCUGACAGAAAUGGAGGUGGGGAAAGUGGAAGCGGAGGAAGCGGAAGCAAAAGCGAAAACAACGAUGGGAGUGGCACGAACAGUAGAAAUCUUAGGAUUUUAGCAGAAGAUUCAACCGAAGGUGGUGAGGAUUUAGAGGUAGAUGGACCUGACAGAAGUGGAAGCGGAGGAAGUGGAAGUGGAAGUGGCACAAACAGUAGAAAUCUUAGGAUUCUAGCAGAAGAUUCAAACGAAGAUGGUGAAAAUUUAGAGGUAGAUGGACCUGACGGAAAUGGAGAUGAAGGAAGUGGAAGUGGGGGAAGCGGAAGCAAAAGCGGAAAAAACGAUGAAAGUGGUUCAAAUAGUAGAAGGUCUAGAAGUUUAGCAGAAGAGGAUUCCCAACCAGAUGACACCGAAAACCAGUCGGACGGAUCAGAAAAUAAAGGAGAUAAGAAACAAACAAACAACGAUGAAAGUAGCAAGAACAGUAGAAGGCAUAGAAGUUUAUCAGAAGAGGGUUCACCAUCAAAUGGUAACCUCCAAAUCGUGACAGGCGGAACAGGGGGAAAUGGAGGAACAGGAUGUGGAAAAGGAAAUAGUGGAGCCAAUAAUGGAGGCGAUAAAGGAGGAAAUGAUGAUAGCAAUUGCUCAGAGUGUAGAAGGAUUAGACUUUUAUCUGAGGCAGUUUCGCCACUGGGUGAUACAAAUUGCAACGCAGAUGGAGGGGAAACUGGAGGCAGUGUUGGUGGUGCAAGUGGAAGCGGAAGUGGAGUCAGUGCUGGUAGUGGAAGUGGCUCUAAAGGCAGACAAUUUAGGAUCCUGCAUGGUGAUGACAGACUACCCUAUGAUGAUAUCCUUUUGAAUGGGGUGCCAAUUGUAACACACUUAGGAAGUUCAAGUGGAGGUUUAAGUGAAAAUCUGGGAGAUAAGUCUAGCAAACGCACCGAUGGAAGUGGCGCGGAUGGUAGACUAUUUAGGAUCUUGAAAGAUGAUGAAGUACUACCCUAUGAUGAUCUACAUUUGAAUGGUGUACCAAUUGGAACAGGAUUUGGAAGUGCAAGUGGAGGCGAAAGUGGAGGUGCAUGUGGACGAAGUGGAAAUCGGGGAGAUAAGUCUAGCAGACCCACUGAUGGAAUUAAAGUGAACGUUAGACAAUCUAGAAUCUUGAAAGAUGAAGACCCAGUACUCUAUGAUGAUUUCACUUUUAAUGGGAGGCCAAUUGGAACAGGAUUUGGAAAUGGGAAUGGAGGCGCAAAUGGUGGUGCAAAUGGAGGUGCAAGUGGAAGUCAGGGAGAUCAGUCUAGCGGACACACCGAUGGACAUGCCACGAACAGUAGAAAUCUUAGGAUUCUGGCAGAAGGUUCAUCCGAUGGUGAUGAUGUUGACACAGGUGACGGGGGAAGUGGAGGAAUUGCAGGAAGCGGAAGUGGAAAUGGAGAUGAUAACAAGAAAGAAAAAAAUGAUAGACAUGGCUUUAAAAGAAGAAGGAUUAGGACUCUGGCAGAGAAAGACACACCACCAGAUGAUACAGACUAUGACUCAGAUGGAGGAAGUGGCGGAAGUGGAAGCGGAGAUGAUCAAAAGAAAGAAAAAAAUGGCGAAUCCGGCUCUAACAGUAGAAGGGUUAGGACUCUGGCAGAGAAAGACACACCACCAGAUGAUACAGACUAUGACUCAGAUGGAGGAAGUGGCGGAAGUGGAAGCGGAGAUGAUCAAAAGAAAGAAAAAAAUGGCGAAUCCGGCUCUAACAGUAGAAGGGUUAGGACUCUGGCAGAGAAAGACACACCACCAGAUGAUACAGACUAUGACUCAGAUGGAGGAAGUGGCGGAAGUGGAAGCGGAGAUGAUCAAAAGAAAGAAAAAAAUGGCGAAUCCGGCUCUAACAGUAGAAGGGUUAGGAUACUGGGAGAAGGUUCACCCGAUGGUGAUAAUGACUCAGAUGGAGGAAGUGGAAGCGGAAGUGGGGAUGAUCAAAAGAAAGAAAAAAAUGGCGAAUCCGGCUCUAACAGUAGAAGGGUUAGGAUACUGGGAGAAGGUUCACCCGAUGGUGAUAAUGACUCAGAUGGAGGAAGUGGAAGCGGAAGUGGGGAUGAUCAAAAGAAAGAAAAAAAUGGCGAAUCCGGCUCUAACAGUAGAAGGGUUAGGAUACUGGGAGAAGGUUCACCCGAUGGUGAUAAUGACUCAGAUGGAGGAAGUGGAAGCGGAAGUGGGGAUGAUCAAAAGAAAGAAAAAAAUGGCGAAUCCGGCUCUAACAGUAGAAGGGUUAGGAUACUGGGAGAAGGUUCACCCGAUAGUGAUAAUGACUCAGAUGGAGGAAGUGGAAGCGGAAGUGGGGAUGAUCAAAAGAAAGAAAAAAAUGGCGAAUCCGGCUCUAACAGUAGAAGGGUUAGGAUACUGGGAGAAGGUUCACCCGAUAGUGAUAAUGACUCAGAUGGAGGAAGUGGAAGCGGAAGUGGGGAUGAUCAAAAGAAAGAAAAAAAUGGCGAAUCCGGCUCUAACAGUAGAAGGGUUAGGAUACUGGGAGAAGGUUCACCAUCAGAUGGUACAAAUUAUGAAUCAGAUGGAGAAGGAAGUGUUGGAAGUGUCGGAGGAAGCGGAAAUACAACACAUGGCAAAUGUGAUGAUCAGGGACCGACGACUAGACAGCUUCAUCUUUCACCAGAAGAGGACCAAUCGAAUGAGAUCGUCAGCGGACCAGGUAGAGGUGACCAAAGGGGUGCAAUAAAUCGCAGAAGUGGUACAAAUGGUAAUGGCGGUGCACUUUUAUCAAGUGCUAGUUCGUCCCCUACAGAUGGGCUGCAAAAGGGCCAAGUGGUACAUAAGGAGAAGGGGAAGGAAAGGUCGUGGACCUACCUGACGGACCACGCGGAAAUAGUGACUAGGGGAGAGAGCACCAAAGGAGUGAAGGCAGAGUCGGAGGCAGAACGGGGAGGCGAGGACCGAAGUAAAGGUGAAAAGGUGGACAGGUCACCCCCAUUUAGAAAGUACGAAAUAGAUGAAGAGGAGGAAGAGGAGGAGGAAGAAGAGGAGGAUGAAGAGGAAGAUGAGGAGGAGGAAGAAGAAGAGGAAGAAGAAUUCAAGAAGAACGAAGCGUACAAGAGUAGGUACUACUCCUAUGACAUAAAUGAAACGACUCAAUCGGUGAAUAAGAUUGCUGAUGGUAACAUCGGUUCGGCUCCCGACAGGAGGGCGAAGAAGCUGAAGCGGCUUAUCAAGGGCAAUUCCAAUGACUGGGGGGAUGCCCUGAAGUCGUCCAGUUGGGCCAGCUACGGAAAUUAUGCGGGUUACUCCAGUGAGGCCGCUCCCCCCAACCGGGCCAACUACAAACACCUGUUCAGCGAAAGCGCGUACAUAUACCGGAAGGGAAACUACUACUUCAUAAACCCGAGCCCAUUUAGCAUAGUCAAAAUGAAGCAGCAAGAAGGGGCGCGACCCCCUAAGGGUAGCCGCAAUUACAUGGACUGUUACGCCACCUGGUUUAGCAGCAAGUAUAGCUCCCCAGGGGGAAGCGAAUACGCCUACAGAAAAAUAAAGCAAAUAGAGGAGCUGCUCCCCGGGUCUCUAACCGGUUUUAAAAACGACGAUGGGUAUGAGAGAUUACUUCUACCUUCCUUCGUCCCAGAAGACACAUUUCUGCACUGCAGUUUUAGAAGCGACGCAUUUCAUGCAGUGCCGCAUGCAGAGAGUCCACUUAAUCGAAAUGAGUCAUACCCGGUGAAAAUUUAUUUGAAGAAAAAUUUGAACAAGACGAAAGGAUGCUCCUUUCAAGUGAACGAUGGAAACGCACUCUAUAGGGAGUAUGCAGAGAGGGAGUCCUUCCUCACGACGAAGAUAAUUCUGAAUGAAAAAAAUAGGGCCAACAACGAGUGUGUAAUACACGCGUAUAACGAAAUUGUGGGGUUUCAGUGUGGACCUCCUUACAGAACGGACAAAAGGGAGAGGCACAUUCUGGACGAUCACCACUUGACUAGCGAGAAGAAAGAAAAUAACCUCAUCAGCCAAGGUUUCCCCAAAGGAGAGUUCUUUAGAACUGACCCUCCAUACUGCUUUGAGUAUGUGAAUGAAAAUGAGAACGUGGCGGAUGUUCUGCCAGACAGUUUCCCCUUCCCCAGCUCGAAUAUGCUGGCUGGACAGAUCCAAGCAAACCACACGAGGUAUAUAAAACUAGACAAGUACAGUGAGAGGAAAACCUUUGCAUGCUACUGCAACUAUUUUAAGGAGAACAGCAUUGUGUAUUCGGGAAAGAUAAUCGUAAAAGUGCAACCGAGUCACCACGCGCAUUUGAGUAGCAAGGGUGGUCUCCUAAGGCAGUCAGGUGAGAAGGUGAAUUUUGUUGAGGGGCUGGACAAGAAGAGGGGCGCUGCUGCGGAAGGUAUGCGCCUCCCAGGGGAAAGCGGCUCACACGGGAGAAAAAGCCACGGCAAUGGUAGUGGUAGCGGCGGAAGCGGUGGUAGCGGCGGAAGCGGUGGUAGCAGCGGAAGCGGCGGGGGAAAGAAAGAGGCGACUCCCGCCGAGCACGCGGCGGACAGGGCGAGGAGGAACUUCAUCUCCAACUUUAACUUCAAACAAAAGGAAGGAAUCAACAGCAUUUUCUUCAAAAAGAACAGGGGGGUGUCCACCGUGAGUUAUGACGUCGUCCAGCGAUUCGGCGACAAAUUUAAAGGCGAGUAUGUUGAGGAGCUGCCCCUGGAGGAAGGCGGAGAAGCCGGCGAAGUCGGCGAAGCUGGCGAAGCGGGCACGCAGGGGGAUGUCGACCCGCACAGCGACGCGUAUGUAGAUCAGUAUGGAGACCACUACGCUGAUGAGUAUGCCGAUGAGUAUGCCGAUGCGUAUUCCGAUGCGUAUUCUGAUGCGUAUUCUGACACAUAUGCCGACACGUAUGCCGAUCCGUAUGGCGACCUCGAGGGCGAUGGUGAUGGUGAUGGGGACUUCCUCUUCGACUUGGACGACGGCCUCGUGAAUGAAAACACCCCCUCCAAAUACAAGCCCUUGGACAGAAGCGUCGAUUUGCAGGACAGCAUUAUGCAUGCGGGAGAGUCCCAAACCAUUGCUGUGAUUAACAAGUCCAAAAAUGUCAAGCUGGUGAUGCCAAAGAUAAAGGCAAAGAAAAAGACGUACGGAGGGGAUCGGGAGUUCCCCUACCCUAAGGUGAUCUCACUCGUUUAUGAAGAGAAGGCGAACAAACAUGAGAAGGUAAAUAAAUCGCUCAGGCUGUUUAAGGAGUUCUUCCCCCCUGUGCUUAGGGAGGACGCGAAGAAGGGCGCGGCGGUUGAAGGGGGGGUGGUCCCUCUAGAGGGGGAGAGGGAUGCACGUGAAGGGGGAAAAGACGAGCUGGUCGGUGGAGGGAAGGAUGAGGACGACGUGGGGGAAUGGGAGGACGGGAAGGACAAGAAGGAAGAGAAGGAUGGAAGGGACAAGAAAGAUUGGACGGAUGGGAAGGACAAGCCAGAAGAGAAGGAUGGAAGGGACAAAAAAGAUUUGAAGGACUGUACGGAUUGGACGGAUGGGCAGGACGUGAAAUACCUGCGCGACUUCAUAUACCAAUCGUUCAGCAAAGUGCAGAAAAAUAAAACGAACAAUUCAGUCGAUAAGGAGAUAAGCGGAUCGGGGGAGGACGAAAGAGACUCAUUAUCUGGAGAAGACGAACACGUGCUGAUGAGGAAGCGCAGGCGCCAUGCGAAGGAUGCACCCCGUGGUGAACAGCCCCCACAGGAAAAAGGACGACCAAGGAGAGAGGCGAAAGAGGUGAAAGAGGCGAACGAAGCGAAUGAAGCGAACGUAGCGAAGCGAGAGGGGCAAACGAAACGGGUGAAUAGUGCCAAAGAUGAGAAACAAGGCAGCGAUUCCAAUGCUGCAGAGGGUGACAAGCACGGGGGAAAACCCACUGGGGAGAAAAAGGAACAUCUGGAAGGAAUCAGGGAAGAAGAAACUGCAGAACGACGUGGUGCAGAUAAGGCCGCUCCACCUGAGGGACGAACUAACCAGCUGGAGGAUUCAAAGAAAGGGGGGGAACCAGCUAAGGUGCAAACUGAUGGAGUGAAUGGCGAAAUAGGGGAAGGAACCAAAACAGAUAAAGUGGGAGAAGAAAAAGGGGGAGAGGACGAGGGGAGCGAGGCGAAAAACCCAGAAAAUGAGGAAGCGCAGGGGAGGAAAAAUUCAGACGGGAAGAGGAAAAAGAAAAUGAGAAAAAGAAUGAGGAGGAAGCUCCAGAGGGGGUGA